GGAUCUGGGGCGCGGGUGCUACCAUCUGAGGGGGGAGGUUCCUCCUACAGCGGCUAGCGCCGCACGGGGCGGCCGGUCGUGACGGUCGUGACGGUGCGGCGGGCCUGGGGGGGAGGCGGCGCCCGCGGCCAUGGCGGUCUACAUGCGGCUGGGCACCGCAGCGCGGAUGCCCCUGCUGGGGCUGGGCACCUGGAAGUCCCCACCGGGGAAGGUGGAAGGUGCGGUGAUGGCUGCUAUCGAUGCUGGAUACCGCCACUUUGACUGCGCCUACGUGUACCAGAAUGAGAAUGAAGUUGGGGAAGGGAUCCAGCAGAAAAUCCAGGAGGGCGUUGUGAAGCGAGAGGACCUCUUCGUCGUCAGUAAGCUUUGGUGCACGUUCCACGACAAACCUCUGGUGAAGGGAGCCUGCCAGAAGACUCUUGCUGCCCUGAAACUGGAUUACCUGGAUCUCUACCUAAUCCACUGGCCAUUUGGGUUUAAGGCGGGAGAGGAGCUGUUUCCCACAGAUGACAAAGGCAUGUCUAUACCCAGCAACACUGAUAUUCUACAUACGUGGGAGGCCAUGGAAGAGCUGGUGGAUGCUGGUCUGGUCAAAGCCAUCGGAAUCUCCAACUUCAACCACGAGCAGAUUGAGAGACUCUUGAACAAGCCGGGACUGAAAUACAAGCCUGCAAAUAACCAGAUCGAAUGCCAUCCAUACCUUACCCAGGAGAAGCUGAUCAACUAUUGCCAAUCCAAAGGGAUUGCUGUGACAGCAUAUUGUCCCCUUGGACGCCCUGACAGGGAAGGCUCCUUUGGCGUACUUCUGGAUGACCCCAAGAUUAAAGAGAUUGCAGCCAAGCACAACAAAACCGCAGCACAGGUUGUCCUUCGGUUUCAGAUCCAGAGAAAUGUGGUUGUGAUCCCCAAGUCUGUCACACCACAGCGUAUUGUGGAGAACUCCAAGGUGUUUGACUUUGAACUGACUAAAGAGGAGAUGGCAACCAUUCUCAGCUUAAACAGAAACUGCAGAAUCUGUGAAAUGAUCAUGUGCAAAACUCACAAGGAAUACCCUUUCAAUGCAGAAUACUGAUGACAGCUUUAUCCUGCUCUCCUCCAGACCUCUGGGGUCUAAUGAGCUUCUACUGUGCCUAGAGCUGUCCACUACAUGGCUUGCCUGCUGUAUGUGUCCUGCUGCUGCCAGCAAAGAUGCAGUAUAUGUACCUAGCGACUUGUCUGUGUCUUCUUUGGUGGAAGGAAAUAAUAAAGGUGUUCUAAAGAACAAAA